UGAACAGUUUUGAAACUUGUGAACGCAAGGUACUUGCUCAGUCUAACGUUCCCACUCCUCGUCAAGCUCCGAAGGCUCGGCACCCUGCCAACCAUCCCACCUGCUGGGGAGCCUGCCGCGUUCCCGUGCUCAGCUAUGCUGCUGCAGCUCAUCCCAGUGCUUCACGUGGCUUUUACCCUGAGAGGAACCAGAGCCCAGUCAGUGACCCAGCCUGACGGCCACAUCACCGUCUCUGAAAGAGACCGUCUGGAGCUGAGAUGUAACUACUCGUCUUCUGUUCCCCCGUAUCUCUUCUGGUACGUGCAAUACCCCAACCAAGGACUCCAGCUUCUCCUGAAGUACACGUCUGGAAACAACCUUGUUCCAGGCAUCAAAGGUUUUGAGGCCGAAUUUAAGAAGAGUGAAACCUCCUUCCACCUGAAGAAACCCUCAGCCCAUUGGAGCGACUCAGCCCAGUACUUCUGUGCUCUGAGUGACACAGUGCCUGGGACUGCAGGGGGAGCUGCACACAAACCUCCCGACACACUGGGGACUUUUUGUGACUCAAGAACUCAAGAGAGAAUUUUCAAGAAGGUCUCUAUUUUUGUGAAGGCAAAUACGCUGCGCCCCCGCCGGGCAACAGCGUGCUGGCGGGGGCCUUUGUAUCUGGCCCGGGUGGCUGUGCACCAGGCUGAGAUUCUGGGCUGCUGCUGGGGGCGCGGCUGUUCCUGGGCCACUCCUCUGCCACUGCUGCCAGCUCCUGUGGUGCACAUGGGCCGCUCCCAGGCCACUCAGUUGCAGCUGCUGUGGGAUCAUGCAGGCUGCUCCGCCACUGAUGCCGCAGGCUUGCAAGGGCUGCUCCUGGGUCCCUUUGGCGCCACCGCUGCUGCGGGCUUGCAUGGGCCUCUCCUGGGCCCAUCUGUUGCUGUUGACAGUAGCAUGUGA